GCCGAUGGUACUCAGGUCCAUCUAAGUAAAAUAAUCCGAUCCCAAGUUGAUAAACAAGGUUAUUAAAGAAACAAAGUUUGAAAUUUGCAACAUUAUAAUAGAGGUUUUAUUUUGACAGAAGAUCUAAUGGCGAGACUCUUAUAAACCUCCUCUCUUUAGUUUGAGCAAUCCCCGAACAAUUUCUAAUAAAAGGAAUGGAGGAAGGUGAUGAUUGGAUAGCCCCUGAUAAGAUUUACCACAUCCUUUUCUGCUUCUUCAUUGCUAUCAUUUCCUCUUUUCUCGCGGAAAGAACUCGCUACCCUUUCAUCCGCCGCAGGAGCAUCUGGGUCGGAUCCAUUGUUUCACUCGCUGCCGGCGCCGCUAAGGAGGUCGCCGACGAAUUAGGUUUUUUCAAGUCAGCAGGUGCAUCUACCAAGGACGCUGUAGCCGAUGUUUUUGGUACUCUUAUCGCUGGUCUCACUUUUUCUCUCUGCAAAUCAUCCUUCAUACGCCGGAGGCCCGAUCAAUCCGUUCAAGCUAAAGCACUCCAGAUGGUGUAGUCGGUUAUUCGGAUUAAAUGGAUCAGACAAUUCGUGCAAUUUAGCUGGCUUCGUCAUUAUUCAGAGUGGCUGGAAUUUUCAAGAAAUGGUGUAGGAGACAAAGCAGGAAAUAAGAGUCAAGUCCCUCAGUUGCACUUCAUACCCCUCCAAGAUUUCAGACAAAUGAAAAAGAAAAAGAAUUUCCACUCGUGUGGCACUAUUUUUGUGAAAUGAAGCACGUUAUACAGAAGUCCCUAUUACAGUAAAAACUCACCAAUUCUGCACAUUACAUAAGUUUUGCCAAUAGUAGCUCACCAUUGUUCGUUCCUUUUGUUCCUCUCUCCAUUGCUAUACCUUGCUCUAAUCUGUUCUUUGAAAAGAGUAAUAUCUGGCUCAAAAUCUGUACAUUUGGAGGAGAGUAAAGAUUUUGUUUUAUUCAACCCACUCUUGCCUUCCAGAUAUUUUUACGUUCAUAGAAAUGCACACCAUCUACAAAAAUAGGCGAUUAACAUGAUUUGAUGAUGUUACUGAUGAAUCACGUUCUGAAACUAUGUUCCAGUGAAGGCUUUGCAUGAUUGUUGUCAUCUUCAUCAGGCAGUUUGACAGCAGAGUAAACGCCUGCCCCAACUAGAGCGCCAAGAAUUGGAGCGGUCAGGUAGAUCCAGAUGGCUUUAUAGUUUCCCACUGCUACUGCUGGUCCGAGGGUUCUCACUGGAUUCAUUGAAGCCCCAGUUGUCUCCCUAAAACAAAAGAAAUACAAAUUGUGAGAAAGACCGUGAAAUAGACUAUUUUUUUCACAAACUAUUAAGUGAGAAGCUAUCAUUAUUUCGUUAUUGUAUAUAUUUUACUUAGUUGUUCAUUCAUUUUACGUCACAUCAUUGCUUGGACAGAGUAAUUAUAUGUUGUAUUAGGUGUAAAAUAUAUAUUUAAAUAAUUGUUGAAAAGA